AUGGCGCCGUUCUGCAUACCGCUCCCCUCCUUCGGCCUUCCGUUCCGCGGUACACCCAAUGUCGAGAAGUCCACGCUGGAGAGGACGACCAGCGCGGACAGCGAUGACACGCUCGUCAGUACCGUGACAGAGAAGAGCUUGAAGGCGGGCGAACAGCAGCCGGUACUGGCGUCCGCGCAUGCGGCUGAACGAUUGGCAAAAGUCAGGGAGUUGAUGAAGGAGGCAAAGUUGGACUACUACGUCGUGUUGAGCGAAGACGCACACCAGAACGAAGAUGUCGCCGAGGCGGACAAGCGCCGUCAGUGGAUCAGCGGCUUCACAGGCUCUGCGGGCCAAGCCCUCAUCGGUCUCGAGACCGCCCACCUCGUCACCGACAGCCGGUACUGGACUCAAGCGACUCGUCAACUCGACACGGAGCUCUGGACGCUCGUAACGGCCGGCGCGCCGGGUAGCCCGACCAACUACGUCGGGUGGCUUUCUGCCAACAUACGUUCAUCUCGCGUUGGUAUAGACGCGCGCACAGUCUCGCUCGUGAACGCGAAGUCUAUUCAGACUGCGUUGAGUGCAAACGAUAGCACGCUCGUGUUUCCGGAGGAGAAUCUCGUCGACAUUGCAUGGGGAAGCGACCGACCGUCGCCGAGCAAGGCGCCCGUUGUGAUUCAUCCGCUCCAGUUCUCAGGUUGCGACGCGUCCGAGAAGCUUGCCGAUGUACGCAAGUGGGUUCAUACGCAAGGACACGCCGGACUAUUGGAGAGCGGAUUGAGUGCUAUCGCCUACGUACUCAACUUGCGCGGAGAUGACGUGCCGUACUACCCCGUCUUCUUCUCAUACCUAUUCAUCGGGCUCGAGCAAACGACGCUCUUCGUCAAGCCCGAACAGCUCACAAGUGAGGUCAAGGAGUACCUUGCUGGAUUGAACAUCGUCACGCGCGGAUACGACGAUGUGUGGAACUUCCUGCGCCAACAUGAAUGGGGUGACGACAAGAUCCUGAUCAACGCUGGGGCGACGUACGCCGUAGCACUCGCUCUGGGCGAAGGCCGCUAUACCGUCACGCAAUCCAUCAUUGAAUCGAUGAAAGGCGUCAAGAACGCAGUCGAGAUCGAGGGGUUCAGGAAGGCGUACACUCGGGACGGAGCGUCUUUUGUGCAGUUCUUCGCAUGGCUCGAGGAGGCUAUCGCGAAUGGCGAGAAGGUCACCGAAUGGAGCGCAGCACAGAAGUUGACCGAGUACCGCAAACUGCAAGAGAACUUCCGCGGGUUGGCAUAUGAGGAUAUAAGCUCGACCGGUCCUAACGCUGCACUACCGCACUACCAUCCGACUUCCUCAUCUUCCCUCCCCUUAUCCCUCUCAACACCCUACUUGAACGACUCCGGCGGUCAAUACCUCGACGGCACAUGCGACACGACGCGGACCGUGUUCCUCGGUUCCAAACCCACGUACGAGCAGUCCGAAGCCUAUACGCGUGUGUUGCAAGGGCAUAUAGCACUGGACUCGGUUAUCUUCCCCAGAGGAACUAGUGGACGGCAGUUGGACGUGCUUGCGAGGGUCAAGAUGUGGAAGGACGGGUUGAACUACGGACAUGGGACGGGCCAUGGCUUCGGGAGUUACCUAGCGGUACACGAGGGUCCGCACGGGUUCGGCAUCGAGGUGCCAAUUGUAGCCGGGAACGUCAUAACCAACGAGCCGGGGUUCUAUAAAGAAGGCUCCUUCGGCGUCCGCCUCGAAUCGGCUCUCGUCGUCGUGCCCGUCAAGACCAAACACGAGUUCAACGGCCCGAUCUGGCUCGGCUUCGAGCGGCUGACUUGUGUGCCGAUUCAGACGAAGAUGUGUUUGAGGGCUUUGAUGAGUCCGGAGGAGAAGGCAUGGUUGAAGGAGCAUAAUCGGACUUGUUUGGAGAGGCUAGAGCCGUUGCUCAAGCAUGAUAAGCGCGCGGUGAAGUGGUUGAAGAGGCAGGCACGGGAUGCGGCGCGUCUCUGA